AUGGCUGCGAAUUAUUGGACUUCGACCCAGCGGAAAUUCUGGACGUUUACACCGGACAAGCUCGUCGACAUCCGCGAUGAUCUCGAGAAACAGAAUGCGAAAAUCAUCGAGCAACAUCCCUAUCCGGACCGGAGACACAUGAUGAUUUUCUUGCGUGAUCGUCUGCUUCAGCUGGCUAAGCGCCUGCAAUUCAGACAACAAUGUGUGGCAACAGCUCUGGUCUACUUGCACAGAUACUUCCUCUCGACACCGAUGCAGAAUGUCAAUCUGUACCUCUUGGCGGCAACGGCUUUUUAUCUAGCGUCCAAGACAGAGGAAUCGCCUCACCACGUACGACUUGUUGCUGCCGAGGCCAGACAGUCGUGGCCAGAAUUUAUUCCUGGAGACGUCGCAAGAUUGGGUGAGAUGGAAUUCUGUCUCAUUUCCGAUAUGCGGUCGCAAUUAAUCGUUUGGCAUCCAUAUCGAUCUCUGAUUGCACUUAAGGAGAAUCAAGAUCUGAAGUUGUCCAACGACGAACUUGGUCUAGCCUGGUCCAUCAUCAACGACAGUUUCAUGACGGAUUUGCCCUUGACAUGUGCUCCACAUCUCACUGCAGUUAUUGCAAUGUUUCUUGCAGUGGUCUUCCUGCCAACAGCCAAGUCCACAGGAACCUUGCGACCCUUGUCCCAUGAAACUCUGUCCAACCCCGACAACGGGCCAUUCUCGUCUCUCGUCGGCCGCCAGAACCUUUCUGGUUCAUUUGGAGGUGUCCUGGGGAAUCUCCAGAUGUCGAGCCAAGCAGUGUUGCCAAACACCUCCAAUGGGAAUGGCAAAGCUCGAAUGCAGCAGAGUGAUACUCAGCCCUUCGACAAAGAAAAGGCAAUUGCCACGGCGAAGGAGUCGGAGAAAAUGCAGAACACGAUGAAAUUCCUGGUAGAAUCUGGUAUUGACAUUGAGCGGAUGAUCGAAGGAACACAGGAGAUGAUAGCGCUGUACGAUGCCUGGGAACAAUACAACGAGAAGUCCGUCAAGGACACCGUCUCACGGUGCUUGAAGUCGCGCGGGCUGGACGGUUGAUCAUCGAUCCCAGCACUUAGUUGAUCUGUUUUGUCACUCUGGAUACUGCACAGCUACUAGUUGGAAGUGUCGAUCCCGGAAACUCCAAGCUCUUUCCUUAGUUUAAGGACAACCGGCUUGGUAUUCGUUAGAGCUCCAUUCCAGUCGACCGUGGCCAACAUGGUGUUGCCGGUUUCAAAGUAUAACAGAUCUGCUGCAUCAUUACGGACCUGCGAAUAUGCAUCAAUAAUGGUAUAUGGACUGGAAAUUGGAAAACAUCUACCUUUGGCCAGCGAUGAAGCAACUGGCGCGUGAGCUUGUCCUUAGCCUGCCUCUGGUAGUGGCCGAUUGCGAGCAGUCUGGCAUAACAAUUCAUCGCAGCCUCUAUCCUUGACAGACUGGAAUUAGGGCUGUGCACCUUCUUCAUGAUGGCCCAGAUAUCCGCCGAGGCUUCGAUCAACAAGUUUUGAUCCAGGAGGAAACACAGGAAUUGAAGGAGCGGGACAACCUGUCGAUCAUCUUGUAACGCAUUUUGAUUCAGCUGGUCAAGGAUAAUGGAGGAGACCUUCUCGGUCGUUCUCUUGCG